GAGGUGUGGAUACCCUCGGUGUUUGCGUGCUCCUUCCUAGUCCAGUGUGAUUUUCUGAAAUGGAAUGAGGCAGAACAGUCAUCACCCUUUGGUGUGCAGACCUGAGAGAAGCCUGGGAUGGUCUUGAGUGCAUGUUACUAGAAUCCAGUUGCGACGAUGAGUUCAGACGAGAAGGGCGUGUCCCCUGCUCAUAAAACAUCCACACCAACCCACAGAAGUGCCUCCUCUUCAGUAUCCUCCCAGAGGGACAGUAGGCAGAGCAUCCACAUAUUGGAAAGAACUGCUUCCACUGGUACUGAGCCUUCGGCAAGCCGGCAGCUGCUAGAACCAGAACCAGUCCCCCUGUCCAAGGAAGCUGACAGCUGGGAAAUUAUAGAAGGGCUGAAAAUAGGCCAAACCAAUGUCCAGAAACCAGACAAACAUGAAGGCUUUAUGCUGAAGAAAAGAAAAUGGCCUUUAAAAGGCUGGCACAAGCGGUUUUUUGUCCUGGAUAAUGGAAUGUUAAAGUAUUCAAAGGCACCACUGGAUAUUCAAAAAGGGAAGGUGCAUGGGAGCAUUGAUGUCGGCCUCUCAGUCAUGUCCAUUAAAAAGAAAGCUCGAAGAAUAGACCUGGACACAGAGGAGCACAUCUAUCAUUUGAAGGUGAAGUCCCAGGACUGGUUUGAUGCGUGGGUUUCCAAACUGCGCCAUCAUCGGUUGUAUCGUCAGAAUGAAAUUGUGAGGUCACCCCGAGAUGCAAGUUUUCACAUAUUUCCAUCCACUUCCACAGCUGAGUCCUCUCCAGCGGCUAACGUUUCCGUUGUGGAUGGGAAGAUGCAGCCUAACAGUUUUCCCUGGCAGUCACCUCUUCCGUGCAGCAACAGCCUCCCUUCUACCUGCACAACCGGCCAGAGUAAAGUGGCAGCCUGGUUACAAGACUCAGAGGAAAUGGACAGGUGUGCGGAAGAUCUUGCUCAUUGCCAGUCCAACCUUGUGGAACUUAGCAAGCUCCUGCAAAAUUUGGAAAUACUUCAGAGAACUCAGUCUGCACCUAACUUUACCGACAUGCAGGCUAACUGUGUAGAUAUUUCAAAGAAAGACAAGCGGGUUACAAGACGAUGGAGAACAAAAAGUGUCAGCAAAGAUACAAAAAUACAACUACAGGAAGGGACACCUGCGAAGGGCCAGUUCAGCACAACUCGGCGCCGACAGAGGCUAGCAGCAGCUGUGGCUACAACAGUUCCUUUCAGCGCUACCAUGUCACCUGUGCGCUUGCAUUCCUCCAACCCCAAUCUUUGUGCAGAUAUUGAAUUUCAGACGCCCCCCAGCCACCUCACUGACCCUCUGGAAAGUUCAACAGAUUACACAAAGCUGCAGGAGGAGUUUUGUCUAAUUGCACAGAAAGUGCACUCCCUUUUGAAGUCUGCGUUUAAUAGCAUAGCUAUAGAGAAAGAGAAGCUGAAGCAGAUGGUUGCUGAGCAGGACCACAGCACUGGCCACAGCUCGCAGAUGGCCCGGCUCCGACAGUCACUGUCACAGGCACUGAACCAGAAUGCUGAACUGAGGAGUCGCUUGAACAGAAUACAUUCAGAGUCCAUCAUUUGUGAUCAGGUUGUCAGUGUAAAUAUUAUUCCUAGCCCUGAUGAGGGUGGUGAGCAAAUCCAUGUCAGUCUGCCCCUGUCACAGCAAGUAGCCAAUGAGAGCCGCCUCUCCAUGUCAGAGUCUGUGUCGGAGUUCUUCGAUGCCCAAGAGGUGCUCCUCUCUGCCAGCUCAUCAGAGAAUGAGGCUUCAGAUGACGAGUCAUACAUCAGUGAUGUGAGCGACAACAUCUCUGAAGACAACACCAGUGUGGCGGACAAUAUAUCCAGGCAAAUCUUGAAUGGGGAGCUCACGGGAGGAGCUUUCCGAAACGGACGUCGAACAUGCCUACCAGCUCCGUGUCCUGACACCAGUAACAUUAACCUGUGGAAUAUCUUGAGAAACAACAUUGGCAAAGACCUGUCUAAAGUCUCCAUGCCUGUGGAGCUGAAUGAGCCCCUCAACACUCUACAGCAUCUGUGCGAGGAGAUUGAGUACAGCGAGCUCCUGGACAAGGCGUCGGAGACGGAUGAUCCAUAUGAGCGCAUGGUUCUCGUUGCUGCAUUUGCAGUUUCAGGAUAUUGCUCCACCUAUUUCAGAGCAGGAAGUAAGCCAUUCAACCCAGUCCUUGGGGAGACUUACGAGUGCAUUAGGGAAGACAAGGGAUUCCGAUUUUUCUCAGAACAGGUUAGCCAUCAUCCACCCAUUUCUGCCUGUCACUGUGAAUCAAAGAAUUUUGUGUUUUGGCAAGAUAUCAGAUGGAAAAACAAGUUCUGGGGAAAGUCGAUGGAAAUCCUGCCUGUGGGGACACUGAAUGUCAUGCUCCCAAAGUAUGGAGACUAUUAUGUGUGGAAUAAAGUCACCACCUGUAUACACAACAUCCUCAGUGGGAGAAGAUGGAUAGAACACUAUGGAGAAAUAACCAUUAGAAAUACCAAAAGCAGUGUUUGCAUUUGCAAACUUACAUUUGUCAAGGUGAAUUACUGGAACUCUAACGUGAAUGAAGUCCAGGGAGUCGUGAUGGAUCAAGAGGGGAAGGUGGUACAUCGGCUCUUUGGGAAGUGGCACGAAGGACUCUACUGCGGUGUGGCCCCCUCUGCCAAGUGCAUCUGGAGACCUGGUUCCAUGCCAACCAACUACGAGCUCUACUAUGGCUUCACAAGGUUUGCCAUUGAACUUAAUGAGUUAGAUCCUGUACUGAAAGAGCUCCUCCCACCAACAGAUGCCCGAUUCCGGCCAGAUCAAAGAUUUUUGGAAGAAGGAAAUUUAGAAGCUGCUGCAGCAGAGAAGCAAAGAGUAGAAGAACUCCAGAGAUCUCGGAGACGAUACAUGGAAGAAAACAACCUCGAACACAUACCAAAAUUUUUUAAAAAAGUUAUUGAUGCCAAUCAAAGAGAAGCCUGGGUAUCUAACGACACCUACUGGGAGCUCCGAAAGGACCCUGGGUUUAGUAAAGUCGACAGUCCUGUUCUUUGGUAAACUGGGAACCUAGAGAUAGCCAACAUAUCACACUCUGAAUGAAUGAAUAAAUAACUAUGCACAAUUAUGUUUCUUAUAGCUACACGUGGUUUCUGGGUCGACUGAAAACCUACCAUUUGCUUUUCUAUUUCAUCUUUAUAAUGGAUUUUCAGAAGUGCAUUAGACAAGGCCCCUAACCACAUUUGGAUCCUUUCAGUUUUGCUGCAACCAUAUUCCUUAAAAAUAAAUAAAUAAAUAAAACAUCCACACCCUCCUUGGAAAGCAGAAUAAAAGGAGCAGGAUUUAAAACGCAAAGCCUGAAGAGUUUGUCAUGGAAAACAAACUGUAACUGGUGCUUAAAGCUGAUCAAGGGAGUUAAAACAACAUAGACCACGAGUUGGGUCCAUCGCCUGAAAGCACCGUCCCCCUCGUCUAUCGUAGGAGCUCCUGGGCCGCAGUGAUGGGUUAGCUCAGACUUCAGGCGUGUCUGUCAAUGUGACGUGCUUGUGCUGGCCUUGUCAAAGAAGACGUGAUGCUUCUCGGAGCCUGCCCCAUCUGUAUGCCAUCGUUCAUGCCUUAAGAAAUGCAAAUAUGUACAAUAAAUCAUUUUUAAAUGUGUGCCCAUA